UUUUCAAAAUGAUAGAACAUUUGUUCGACACGUGUGACCCACACUGUCUCCCAAAGCAGCAGCCUUAAUUCACACAGGGUUUAGGAAUGCCUGAGGUAAUGUAUCCAUCUAGGUCAAUCAGUACAACGCCCAUUCAUACAGCCGGAUAUCGGAUGAGGUUGCAUGUGCGUCGUGCCCAAGUCUUCCGGAUAUACCAGGAACAUGAAAGCUUGAUAUUUCAUCGUCACAUUCAACUCGAAAUGGGAGACGUGGAGGUAGUGAUAUUUCUGGCUGUUGUUAUCUCGGUCAUACUUGUCAUCAUUUUCUGCUGUCUUCGAGUUUGCAGACGCACAGUUCGAAAAUUUAAUGGAUCAGAGAUAAGUUUAGAUUCAACUAGGUUUACCGGGUACCCCACACUCGAUCUCCGUGGGAAUUCUGUCAGUAGUGCGAUUGACAUGUUAAACCGGCACCUUAAUUACGGUCGGCCAAUAACUGUCAUCACCGGUCAAGGUCACCACAGCCAAGGUGGUAUUGACAAGAUACGACGAGCUGUCAUUGACUAUCUGGAUGACCGUUCGUAUACUUACAGUUAUACUGUUGAUGACUUGAACCCGGGACGUAUUCACAUCCGUCGCAGAUACUAGUAUAUAUAUUGAUACAUCUAAUUGUAAUGGUUGUGUUCACAUCAAUCACAAAUAAAUAUAUUAAUACAUCUA